AUGCCAUUUUGGGAAGGAAUCGCCCUCAAUGAUAACUUAAAUUUAGAUUAUAGAACCGGUGUCUAUAUUGAUGAUAAAAUAUAUCUUGUUGAUCUUACUCUGCAAAAACCUGUCUGUUGGAUCUUCGAUACUUCCCAACAAGAUUUAGCAACAUUUUUGUCUGAGCCAAUGAAUGUUAAAAACGAUUAUCAUCCUGUUCAAUAUCCUGCAACUACCGUUGUGGGUGAUAUGAUAUAUAUUUUUGGUGGGGAAUGCCUCAGGACAGGCCAACCAACCAAUCACUUGUAUAUAUUAAAUACAAAAACCAUGUCUUUGUGUAAGAAGCCAGAAAAUGGCCAAAUCCCUAUUCCAAGGUCAAUGCCUUCUUUAGACGCUUUGAAUGCAAGCCAAUUAGCGCUAUUUGGAGGUACAUCAUAUGAUCUGAAAGACAUUCAUAUCUAUGAUAUAUCAAGUAAUAGUUGGAACGAAAUUUCAACCGGUUCCAACGUCCCUUAUGCUCGAUCGCUACAUAGUACAUGCUCUCUAAAUGAAAAGCUCUAUAUCUAUGGCGGCAAACAUAUCUCUUCGAUAUCUUCUGAGUCGGUAAUACAUGAUGAUGAUGAUACUUGGAUUUUCGACAAAUCUAACGACGCUUGGCAAAAAUACAUUGCACCAAUCUCUGCAAAUUUGCCUCUUCCUCUUCAAUGGAUUCGAACCAAGGGAGUAGGACUGGGAAAAAGAUCUGGAGCAGCAUUGUUUUUUCUACGGAAUAGGUUAGUAAUUUUGGGUGGUAAAGAAAAGAAUGAUUUCCGUACUCUUAACGAAGAAAAUGCUUGGGAAUUCAUGAAAAUACUAUGCCCAAGUAAAAAUGUAUGGAGACAAGUAAGAAUUCAAGGAAUGCCAAAACUCGAAUGUUUGGCACUCCAAGUGGCUGUAAAAAAUGAUAAAAAUAUCAUUUUAAUUAUCGGCAAAAACCUAAAUGGCGAACUAAUUAUAGGACAUAUAAGAGAUUAA